UGCUGCAUGCUCUCUAUGUGUCCGUGUCUUCCCCCAAAAACAGAGCUAACCUCCCCUUUUCUCUGCUCUGCUCUGCUCUGCAUCACCCCAAAGGAGAGGCAGACUGAGGUUCUGGGCAGAAUUUUCGAUAUUUUCGUGAUGGGUCGGAAGAGGGACUCCCCGUCGGCCGCGAGCUCGCUGCUCCGGUGGUUGAGGAGGCUGCCGAUGAAGAUGAAAGUCUUUCUUGGAUUGACGUUUGCGGCCGUUACCCUGAUCAUCCUGAGGCUGACGCUGGGGAGCCAUAUACACAAAGUGUACAUCAUCUCCGAGCUCUGUCACGCCAUCGGGAUCAUCGUCCUGAUUUACAAGCUCACCACCCAGAGGACCUGCUCCGGUUUGUCACUUAAGAGUCAAGAGCUCACUGCUAUAUUCUUGGUUACGAGAUUCGUAUGGAGUGUCUACAUCGAGCAGAAUAUCCACACAAUACUGGACCUUGUUACCCUGGUAUCAACUCUGUGGGUGAUAUACAUGAUUCGGUUCAAGCUGAAGUCAACCUACAUCAAGGAAUUGGACAAUCUUCCAAUGUAUUACAUAGUGGUCCCUUGUGCAGUCCUUUCUGCAUUAGUUCACCCUCAUACCAACUAUUUCCCCAUCGGUCGGUUCUUCUUUGCAUUCUCAGCAUACAUAGAAGCUGUUUCCGUGCUGCCUCAGCUCCGCCUCAUGCAGAAUGCGAAGAUGAUAGAACCAUUUACAGGUCAUUACGUGUUUGCUCUUGGUCUUGCUAGAUUUCUAGCAUGGGCGUAUUGGCUCAUUAAGACAUAUGAAACGGGUGGGGCAUACUUUUUCUUCACUGGAAGCGGCUACUUCUGGACCCUAGGAGCCGUCCUGGCAGAGAUCGUGCAGUCAUUCAUCUUAAUCGAUUUCUGUUACUACUACAUCAGGAGUUACAUCAAAGGUGAACAACUAAUGUCGAUGCCCGUUUGAAGGCUGCUGGUUGUUUCAGGACUCAUAAUCGUAAAGUUUUGGAGCCUUUGGAGCAAAAUGAUUUUUCUAUUGACAUCGUAAGGGAAAGAGCACCCAUGCAUGUACUAUCGAGAAAUAUACUUUCCCUGACAAACUUCUUUAAACCUAACAUUUUUCUCCAGUUAGUAGAAUAACCAAGAAGCGCAACAUUUGCGAUAUUGUUAGUCGUCAUCUCUAGUAAUUACCGUGAAAUCAUGUGACAUCAUAUGGAAAUGGGUAUGAAAAGUAAUCCCGUGCACUUCUCCUAUAAAACCAAAAGAGAUACCCUAUCGGUCCUUCAGAAAACUUGGAUGGAAGGUCCGCUUAUUUGGAUACUGUUUUGAUGAAAACAUAUGAUCUAUGAUUCAUUCCAUAAUGUCGUAAUGUGUUAGGUUUGUUUGGUGACCAUUUCUUGCACAAUUUUUUCCAGCAGUUCAUUUAGUGUUCUACGCCUUUUUUACUCGAGCACCGACUUGACCCUGGCAACAAGCUUUUUCGGCAUCUCUUGACAUAUGGAGAUUUCUGGUAACAAUCCCAUUUAUCUAUCUUUGCAAAGCACAAAUUGCAAUUAAAAGCUCAAGCGUGUAGUCACUCUAGGAAAAGAACAAGAAACAUGGUUGGCUCACCCAAUGUUGAUCUCCAUAAGAAGCCUAAGAAAACAAUAUUCAUUAUAGAAUGCCGUAUACAUGCCCUCUUUUAGCAACCGAAUCAACACUUUCCUUGUGUUCUUUUCACCAGUUGCCUUCUUCAGGACGGCUAAUGGAGGAAGAGGAGAUUUCGUAACUCCCUGGUUCAAAACAACUGUGCAGGUUGACAAUGCGCUGCCUGGGUAAUAUCGAUCUCACCAUUCACUGCAGAUCCAAGGACGACGACCUGGGGAACCACAUGAUCUACUACGAUGACUUUUACAUCUUCAAGUUCCAGGUCAACAUCAAAGGUACCACUCAGUUCCUCUUCGACUUCUCCUGGAAGGAUUGUUUCGGUUUGUUUUGAUCUGUACAAUGCGAGGAGAGAUUGGAAAAGGUGCAGAUGGUAUUGUAGGUGGGCUAGCUCAGCGCGACGCACUAGUCUGGUACAAGCAAGAAAUCGACUUUUUUUUUUCCCGAGUUGAGGCAACAUCAUCAAGGAAAUGCAUCAAGAAUCAUGUAAGAAAAGUUUUUAACUUAGAGCCAACGAUGUUCCGAACAGACAUUUUAUUCUUUGAUUCAGCUUUUCAGGUGAAUCAAAGUUGGCAUGGCCUAUGCUAAUCUCAAAUAAGGCCUUGACAUCACGAUUUGGAGUCUCUCUGGCAAACAUG